GCAGUGAGCUCUGCAUGUCCUAGCCAGUUUAAAGUUCCUUAUAUGUGCUCCUUGUUCGUUUCCCCCCACCAAUAUUCCAGCCUUCUUUUGUUUGUAUUAAUAUGUGCAUAUGUGCCGAAGCCCAGCGCCUCUUUCAAAGGAACUGCCCCUGCCUUUGGAGGGAUACGUUGGCAAUGCAACACAAUGUGCUCGGUUGUCUCCACUGUUUCCUCACAGAUGGCCCUUACUGUUUUCGUCGUCUCCGUCGGCACAAAAAUAUAUAACCAGCAUUGCAUCGACUGGGAGUGACGAAGAGCAACUGUGUCAUCGAUAUUCAAGCCCCAAGUCGAAGAUGUACCUUGUACCCGUCUUGUUCUCCGUUGUGCUUCUUGCUGCUGCGAACAGUCCCAAGAAACAGAGCGACUGUAAACCCAAGGCAAAGGACCAAGUGGCAUGGCAGGUGGUGAAGGCACUCGAAAAGGAGACCUUCUAUCUCUUCAAGGCAACUUCAGACAAGGUGAAAAAUUGCACGUAUAUGAAGGCAAAUGAGACGAAGGAUGAUAAUAAGACAGCGACAUUGAUCACCAGUACCGGAUUAAGGCGAGUUGAAGAGGUAACAACCGUCGUUGGAGACGGUAAUCAUCUCAAAGUCGGCAGCGUAGAAUUCGGCUCCCUUCCCGUAUGGUACACCGACAACUCGACCUGUAGCGUGCUCGUCGCACCGGAUGAAAAGAAUGUCCUCCUGUGGGUCGCUGGCAGCACCGCAGCAAACGCGACUUUUGAUGAGUGCUGCAAGAAAGUCUUCAAAAGGGAAGCGAAGAAAGCGAACCAGACCAUACACCACAAGUUCUCCAAGGCGUGCCUCAAAAAAAAGUCUCCGUGAAGUAACAGCGUUUUGCCAAACAGUUUCCUACCCGGAUCCUACUAUGUGAAGUAAAAUAAACAAUGUAAUUGUGAAGAGCA